AUGACAUCCCGAUUUGGAAAGACCUACAGCCGGAAAGGGGGAAACGGCAGUUCCAAGUUUGACGAAGUGUUUUCCAACAAACGGACCACCCUUAGUACAAAAUGGGGAGAAACCACAUUCAUGGCCAAAUUAGGACAGAAGAGGUCCAGUGUCAAACCAGAUAUUUCCGAAGUUCCUAAAAAACCCAAAGUUGAAGAUGAGGUAACAGAGGAUCCAUUUGGGUUUGACAGUGAUGAAGAAUCUCUUCCUGUGUCUUCAAAGAAUGUGUCACAGGCUAAAAGCUCCUCUCAGCUGGAACCCGGUGAAGCUGCUCAGUCUGAGGACUUCACUCCUCUACUUGAAGCUAACAGCAGAGUUAAUCAGCCAGACAGUGGAGAAAACGUUGCAUCCAGCAAGUGCAUGUCUUUUGACAAUACUGUUCCUCUCUUAAAAGAAAAGAGCACAAGCAAAAAUGUGGAAGACGGAGAGUGCAAAGGUAGCAGUGCUAAACUUGUAACUGCAGAUAAAAUACAGAAUUUGAAUGAAGAUAAUGAGAACAGUCAUUUCAUCUAUGAGAAUGCUGAAGGCAGUAACAAAACCAAUGCUGAAACUACAGACGCUUCUGGAUACAACAUUGAAGCCAAGGACUUGCCUGAUUCUUGGGACUCCAAUGUCAGAAGAACAGCAGACUCUCCAUCAGAAACAUCUCAGACGAAGGGGCAAUUAAGAACUCACUUGUAUGAAUGGGAGGAUGAAACUGAAGACACCAGAACUGGAGAAUAUAUAUUAGAUUUUGACAAUGAACAUCUCUCAGAGAUGAAGAGCAAGGAUGAGGAGUGUGAUAAAGAAGAUACUGAAAAUCCAAAGGAAGCCAUUAGUGAAGAACUUGUGCAAACUAUUCCUAGGCCGAGCAACUGUAGGACGUAUUGUCGAUCCAAUAAAGCAAAACCUCAAGGGGCAACAAAUUUUGACAAGCUAAUGGAUGGCACUAGUCAGUCUUUGUCCAAAGCAAAUAAUGAGUCAAAUAAUGAUGGUCUGAAUGCAGCAAGAAAAGUUUCUUUAAGUAGUGGGACCAGUUUUAGAGGGACGGUUGGACGGACUAGAGACUACACUGUUCUACAUCCAUCUUGCUUGUCAGUUUGUAAUGUUACUAUCCAGGAUACCAUGGAACGAAUCGAUGAAUUUACCACAGCAGCCCCCACUGACUUGGGAGAAGCUGGACGCUUAAGAAAAAAAGCAGACAUUGCUACUACAAAAACUACAACCCGGUUUCGACCAAGCAAUACUAAAUCCAAAAAGGAUGUCAAAUUAGAGUUUUUUGGGUUUGAUGAUCAAGAUGAGGGAGGGGGAGAUGAAGGUGCCUCUAGAAGUUGUGGGAGUUCCAAUUACAAAAUCAAGUACUUUGGGUUUGAUGACUUGAGUGAAAGCGAGGAUGAAGAUGAAGAGUGGCAGGUAGCAGAAAGGAAAGCUAACAAAAAACGAAGUAGAACUGCACCAUCUUCUUCGCUACAGUCAACCUCUGAUGGCAAUGAAAACUGUUCCCAGGAUAGCCAGCUCAGUACUAACACAGGUAAGUGGAACUCUUCUGGAAUACAUACUUAA